AUGCCAACCCUGGAUGACAUUUUAGAGGAGAUCGGCGAAUUUGGCAGGUUCCAAAAGCAAACCUUUUUCGUCCUGUGUUUGCUCUCUGCCGCCUUCACUCCCAUUUACGUGGGCGUCGUCUUCUUCGGGUUCACCCCCGAGCACCGCUGCUUCAGCCCCGGCGUGGCGGAGCUGAGCCGGCGCUGCGGCUGGAGCCUGGCGGAGCAGCUGAACCACACCGUGCCCGAGUGGGGCGGCCACGGGGCCACUUUCGGCAGCCGCUGCAGGAGGUACGACGUGGACGGAACUGCGACGGGCCUCAGCUGCACCGACCCCCUGGGCAGCCUCGCGGGCAACCGGAGCUCCGUCCCCCUCAGCCCCUGCCAGGACGGGUGGCUCUACGACUACCCAGGGACCUCGCUUGUCACCGAGUUUAACCUGGUGUGUGAGGACUCCUGGAAGCUUGACCUCUUUCAGUCAUGUGUAAACGCUGGAUUUUUUAUUGGCUCCAUGGUCAUCGGCUACAUGGCAGACAGGUUUGGCCGCAAGCUCUGCCUCCUGAUCACAGUCCUAGUCAAUUCGGUCUCGGGGGUUCUCAUGGCCUUCGCACCCAGCUACACGUGGGCGGUGGUUUUCCGUCUGGUCCAGGGACUAGUCAGCAAGGGGAGCUGGCUGACCGGCUACGUCCUGACUGCGGAAUUCGUUGGCUUAAGCUUCCGGAGGACCGUGGGCGUUAUCUACCAGCUGGCCUUCACCGUGGGGCUGCUCAUCUUCACUGCUGUGGCUUACAUGCUCCAGCACUGGAGGUGGCUUCAGCUCGCUGUCACCCUGCCCAGUUUCUUCUUCCUACUGUACUAUUGGUGUCUGUCUGAGUCCCCCAGGUGGCUGAUAACUCAAAAGCAAAAUGACAAAGCCAUGGAAGUUAUUAAGCGCAUUGCCAAGGGAAAUAAGAAGAAACUACCUCUCUCGUUCCAGCAUCUCAAAUCUGAGGACGAUGAUGGAGAAAAGCUAAAACCUUAAUUUCUAGACCUGGUCAGGACACCUCAGAUAAGAAAGCACACAUGCAUCUUGAUGUACAGUUGGUUCACGAGCUCCGUCCUCUACCAGGGGCUCAUCAUGCACAUGGGAAUAGCUGGUGGGAACAUCUACCUGGAUUUCCUCUAUUCUGCUCUUGUUGAGUUCCCAGCUGCCUUCAUCCUCUUGCUGACAGUGGAUCGCAUCGGCUGUCGCUACCCGUGGGCUGUGGCAAACGUGCUGACGGGUGGCGCCUGCCUUGUUACAGCUUUAGUCCCAGACACUCUUUAUUGGCUUAAAAUGACCACAGCUUGCCUGGGAAGGAUUGGAAUUACCAUGUGCUACAAAAUGGUUUGCUUGGUAAACCCUGAGCUGUAUCCCACUUUUCUCAGGAACCUGGGAGUGCUGGCCUGCUCGUCCAUGUGCGACCUCGGUGGGAUCAUAACACCCUUCAUCGUGUACAGAUUUGCAGAGCUCUGGCACGAGCUGCCCCUGGUUGUCUUUGCUGUGAUUGCUUUCAUCGGUGGCGGCUUGGUUCUGCUCCUACCUGAGACCAAGGGAAAAGCUCUGCCUGAGACCCUUGAAGAUGCUGAAAACAUGCACGGGCAAAAGAGACGAAAAGAAAAUAUGAUUUAUCUCCAAGUUCUGACUUCAAAAGCCACUCCCAAGUAA